AUGCCGGCGUCCUACUUCCGACAAACCACGGAAGAGUCAAGGUUGCAACACCUGGGGGCCAUAUCCUCUAUGCUCGAGGGCGGCCACGUGGACGCGAACGGCGUCGAGCGAUUGACUCCCACGAAAGACAUCACUCUUCACUUCCAGCGCGACGUGGAGAAUAUGAAGGAGAUGACCUUCGUCCAGUCCACCAAGGGCAGGAGCGACGGCAUCUUGAGGCUGCUCGACUCCCUUCCUCGGGCGGACGGAAGCCUUCAACGGGUCCACGCGUUCCCCUCCCGAGACGGUAACCUCGCCGUCUACCUGUUUGGGUACAUGAAGCAAGACGAAGCCCCGCCCGACGCCGCCGGGGGGCACGCCGCUGGCGUUUUUUUCGCCGAGACCAUCCCCCAGGACACGGAGGCUGGGAAGGCGCGGCGGGCGGCGGCGGCGAUGCCCGCGUCCGCGCACGCGAGCGAGGUGCUGGAGUACGCGGCGUCGGUGCAGGCGGGGGAGUGGCUCGACAACGAGGCGCACGCUAAGCCGGGGCCCAUGUUCGAGCCCGAGGCGAUGAUGGAGUACCUUUCGCGGUGCGACCCGGAGUUCGUGCAGCACAGCCACCCCCGCCGCUUCUGCAAGCACCGCGUCCUGUACGAGGAAGUGAGCGGCACCGAGAGCAUCGCGGUGGACGUGGAAGCUUACCAGGGUGCCGAGGCCGGAGCCACGGAGGUGCGGGGCUCGCACUGGAUUUCCAUGGCCGCCGCGAACGUCCUUCCCAAGAUGGCGCUGUACCAGGCCCUCCGGCUGCUGAAGAGCUACCAGCUUGAGACCAUCCGGUGCCACCUGGACGUGGUCGACGACCCGGGCAACGGCUCUGUCACCAUGAUGAGGAUGCUCGUCAACGACGGUAGCAGCGCAGCAAAGGCGGCAGUUACGGGAUCCGGUGACGCUGCAGCUGGUGCAGAGAUCGACACAAGCUGGGAGGACCGCUGGGACGAGCCCGGCGCGUGGGAUGCCGUCAUGAAGGACUUGCGGAGGAUCAAGUGGGCGGAUGAGCGGGUGUACGAGCUCAUGCUGGAGAAGCACCCGGGGCUGGGUCUGGAAACGUCGGAGGUGAUCGUGUCCCUCGCCAACAUGGUCUACGGAGUGCUCCACAAGACGCACCCAUGGGCAUACUCCAAGUCGCAGAUGUACCACUGGCUGGACAGCCCACGGUACGUGAGGCACGCGGCCGCGGCGGCGGACCUGUUCUGCUCCCGCUUCUCGCCCGACGUGGACAUGUCGGAGACUGCCGCGAAGGCCAAGGCGGACGAGAUCAGAGCUGCGAUCGUGCGCGACGUGGAGCACGAGAUGGUCCAGGGGCUACUGCUGAAGAUGGUAGACGGAGUGAUGGCCACCUACAGAACCAACUUCUUCAUGCCCAACCGCUGGGCCCUCAGUCUCCGCGUGGACCCCCGCCUGCUCAUGACCAAAGACGAGCUAAAGGAGGGUAGUGGCUCCGAGGUCCCGUUCGGGGUGUUCUUCGUCCACGGCCGGCGCUUCAACGGGUUCCACUGCCGCUUCCGAGAUAUCGCUCGCGGGGGGAUGAGGAUCGUCACCCCUCAGACGUCGGAGCAGGUCGCGAUCGAGGCCGGUAGGCAGUUCGACGAGUGCUACGGUCUAGCGUACGCGCAGCAGCUCAAGAACAAGGACAUCCCGGAGGGGGGAAGCAAGGCCGUCGUGCUCGUCGACACUACAAACUCCACGGGUCGCGCCAAGGACCACGCCGUCCGCAAGGGCGUGAAGGCCUUCAGCGACGCUCUCCUCGACCUCCUCGUGGACACAGAGGAGACUCGCCGGUACGUGAAGGACCUGUGGGGCAAGCAGGAGCUGCUCUACCUCGGCCCCGACGAGCAGGUGAUCCCGCAAGACAUCAAUUGGAUCAUCGCCCGCGCCGCGCAGCGUAAGGCCCCCUUCCCCUCCGCCUUCAUGUCUUCCAAGCCCGACGCGGGCAUCAACCACAAGGAGUACGGAGUUACAUCGGAGGGCGUUUUCGUGUUCCUCGACGAGGCCCUGCGUAACCGCGGCAUCGACCCUAAGGCCGGCCAGAAGUUCACCCUCAAGCUCACGGGGGGACCCGACGGGGACGUCGGAGGGAACAUGAUCAAGAUCCUUAACCGCGAGUACGGCGACGCCUGCCUCAUCGUCGGGGUUGCCGACGGCACGGGCAGCGCCGAGGACCCCGAUGGGCUCAGCCACGCCGAGCUGCUGCGCUUGUUCGAGGCGGGCCUGCCCAUCUCCGCCUACCGCUUCAACAAGUUCGGUCCCAAGGGAGUCCUGCACACGUGCGACAACGACGAGGGCAUCCGGGCGCGCAACACGAUGCACAACCGGGUCAAGGCCGACGCCUUCGUGCCCGCCGGCGGGCGCCCCGGGACUAUCAACGGCUCCAACUGGCGGUCCUACCUCGACAGCGGCGGGACCCCUUCCAGUACUCUCGUUGUAGAAGGGUGA